AUGGGAAAUGAUGGAGGGAGUAUCCCUACACGACGCGAGCUCGUCAAGGAAGCCGCUCGAAAUCCCACUGCGACAGAACUGAAAGACAAGCAAAAAGAGCACCUGGCUCAUCGAUGGGCUACAUGCCCUGUCUCUCUCAGACCGCUCAUGAAACCCGUGGUCUCCGAUUACUCGGGCGAUCUAUACAACAAAGACGCCAUCAUACAAUUUCUGCUCCCUGCCGAGGCCAUUUCUGUGGAUAAAGAGGAGUACGAGAAGUUUAUCCAAGGACGAAUCAAGAGCCUAAAGGAUGUUGUCGAAGUGCUUUUUGAGACAGAAUACGAUGAAGAGACUCGGUCGGAGCGAUGGAUCUGUCCCGUUACCUCAAAAGCACUCGGCCCGAACGUGAAGGCAGUCUAUCUCGUCCCCUGCGGCCAUGCUUUCUCCCACGAAGCAAUCAAAGAGAUGAAAAGCGAGGGGAAAUGUGUGCAGUGUACGACGCCAUACGAAGAGCGAGACGUCGUCCCUAUCCUGCCCAGCACGGAGAAAGACAAGGCUUCCGUCAUGAAACGGAUAGAGACUCUGAGAUCUCUUGGUCUCACCCACUCUCUCAAGAAAGCCAGUGGAAGCAAGAAACGCAAAGCAAAUGGUGACAGCAAAGUUGAGCCUGCCGCAGGCGGUGCGGAUCUGCAAGAUCGGAAACCGAAUGGGGACACCAAGUCACUCGCAGGCAACCUCUCCCGAUCAUCCACGCCUCAGUCUGUUACUUCCACUCCGAAACCGUCAAGUGGCAUUAAGAAUGCAGUGACCGCCAGUCUUACCGCCCGAGUACUCGAGGAAGAAGAAGCCAGGAAAAGAAGACGACGUGAAAAUGAGAACAUCAGUUCUUUGUACGCAAAGAAGUCAGAUGGCAAGGGGACGAACGAGGGCGACUUCAUGACACGGGGCUACAGCAUUCCUGCAAAUGCUCGACAUCGAUGA